UGUGUGGGUAUUGAACACUCAGCACUGGUGAGAUACAAUUGUAUAUUUGAAAAACUUGGCAGUGACUUCGAAAGUUUGGCAAGUGCGUCUGUGACGAAUUCCUAUGAUCGGUUGUUAUAGUCCACAGUGACUGAAGCACAUUUAUUUGUGUGUGGCUGAAAUGGUGUGAGACGUUGACCUGUGUGAGGUAUUUCAAAUUGUGAUUGACGGGCCAUGGCUGGUUCUAUAUUGCAAUGGCUGGUGUAUGCCACUACACUUUAGUCACGGAGUGUGUCCAGUCACACAACUGUACAUUUCACUAACGACGUGAUAUGUACAUAGUUUUAUGUAUGUUUCAAUCAUGAGGUUUGUGGUUCAAACGGACUGUGUAUUCGUUACGUACAUGGACUCCUAUGGACAUGCUUGUGAAUAACACAGGGAAAUAAGUACCUCAUUAACCCGCGCUCAUAUCGCCAUGAACCUGAACGACCAAGUCUGCUUGUGGAUACUGACAACAAUAUUGGUUGUCAAGGUCAAGGCUCAAAAUUCCUCGUCCGGUAUGGAUGACUUAAGCAAAGCCUUCAUAUCGGCGGCCGGGUUGGUAGCAGUAGGUGUAAUCGCGUUCGUGGUGUCCAAGCUAGUCGACUAUUGCUACGACCGGGCUACCCUCAACGACGACGCAAGUGACAUCAGCGAACACACACGGAAGUUGAUCAGGGCUCGGAUAGCACUGAGUCACUUCAAGAAACCAAAAUCUAAGAAGAAGAAGAAGAAGAAGCUAAUGACCCCGAAGGAGAAGAAAAAGAACACAAAAAGAUUCUUCAAGUUAUGGUCAAGCAACGCAAAAAGGAGAGGGUCUCAAAGGUCAACGGACAAUGUUAUAAACGUUGAAGAAGCUAAUGCCAAUGAUAAACUCCCGGUUAAAGGAACUGUUAAGAAGUCACUAGCACAUGUGACGUUUAUAGAUGAAUUAGAACCACAGACUGAAGGAGGGAUCAACGUACCCGUCAUCUCCAUCACGGAGCCAGAGAGUCAUUACUCCUCAAAAUCGACUAAAGAUUCAGUCUUCAAGGCGGCUUCAAAAGAACCCCCCCGUCCUCCACAGAAGGAUAACGGAAAGGCGUCGGAAAACGGAAGAACUCCCGUUACAGCAAAGGCCACUCCCGUAUCUGGAAGGACAACACCUGUUAAAGAUGUUUCUGGAAAGUCCUCUCCGCAGAAGGAUUCUCCUGUGAAAGGAAGUCCUGUGGUGGUGAAAAGGCCUGUAUCGGGGGGAAGAACUACACCAACGAACACCGGGAUCAAUACUGGGCGAUCAAGUCCUGCGAAAGACAUCUUCACGAUCAGUCCGUUAGUUGCUGCUUCUGGCAAGUCUUCUCCUUCAAAGGAUGUUGGGAGGAAGGACCACCCUCGCUCUUCCAGUACGAGUCCCACGAAGCUUUCCAGUGGGACCAAACCUUCAACUGGGUCCCAACGACCUAAAACAGCACCAUCUCCCAGACCAGCAGCUAACAAUAAGAUCGUAGCUGUUAAACCAGCAGCUAUCCAGAAAAACGCAUCUACCCCAAAACCAGUACCAAAGACUCCAUCGAAAGGAUCAUUAGUAACACCUAGGAGUUCCUCCCCUGUAAAAUCUGGGCCGGGGGGAAAAAACACUACGAAAAAUACUGCCUCCCACAGUGCCGGUGACUGGGCUGAAGUUAAAGCAUCCACGAGAACGGCAGCUUCUGUUGCUGUCAGUGUGGAUGAGGAUUUGCAUAAAAAAUACGUGCAUUUUCGAGGGGAUUCUGAUGACCUGUUGAUUCCUGUUUCGACAGACGUAAAACCAACGAAAGAUCCGAAAUCGUUCGAGAAGGAUGUGAAUUCUUCAUCCAGUGGAGACUAUGACUUUCUUCAAUCCGACCAAAAGAAAAGUUUGACCAAAAAUAAAAGUGGUAAAAACUCAGGUAAAAAGUAAAUUCUGACAUUGAAUAUUCGACCGUGAUUCUUUUGAAAA